CAUGUGUGCGGGGUUCACAUAUAAAGCUAUAUAUUCACUACAUGAUACGAUUUACAAUACAAGAUUGGAAAGUGCAUUACAAAAGUCCUCUCACGCCUCACAGAAAGGAGGAAAACCCAAGCACUGGAACAGAGAAAAUGAAGAUGAAAAGAAACAGACCAAACAAACCAAAACCAAUAUAUCAUCUUCCACUCUUCUUCUUCUUCUUCUUGUCAACUGUCUUUCACUGUGGUUUAGUUUCAUCAUCAAAUACCAAGGAGGCAAAAGAAGCUGCAGUUGCUGGGUUUGGAUAUAAAAUUCAGUCAGUCAACUAUGAUUCUUCUGGGAACUCAUUGACUGCUAAUCUUGGCCUCAUCAAGAAAUCCUCCCUCUACGGACCUGACAUCCCAAAUCUCAACCUUCACGCCAGCUGUGAAACCAAAGAUCGGCUAAGAAUUCGAAUAACAGACUCAAAGCACCAAAGAUGGGAAAUCCCACAACAAAUAAUCCCCCGUCAAACUACUUCACAGCAUCCACAACAAAGUCAAACCCACAACAAACACCUCGUGAUCUCCAACGACCUUGUCUUCACUCUCCACAACACCACCCCAUUCGGCUUCACAGUCACCCGCCAAUCCUCCAACGACGUCAUUUUCGACGCCUCCCCAAACCCAUCAAACCCCGACACCUUCUUGGUCUUCAAGGACCAAUACAUCCAGCUCUCCUCCUCCCUCCCCGAAGCCAGGUCCUCCCUUUUCGGCCUCGGCGAGCACACCAAGUCCUCCUUCAAGCUCACCCCCAAUCAGACCUUGACACUCUGGAACGCUGACAUUGCCAGCGCCAAUGCUGACAUCAACCUCUACGGGUCCCACCCCUUCUACCUGGAUGUCAGGUCAGCUUCUCCAGAUGGCAAGGCCAACGGCGCUGGAACAUCUCAUGGAGUGUUGCUGCUGAAUAGCAAUGGCAUGGACAUAACAUACGGCGGUGAUAGAAUUACUUAUAAGGCCAUUGGUGGAAUUGUGGAUUUGUAUUUCUUUUCUGGGCCAACUCCGGAGUUGGUGGUGGAGCAGUAUACAGAGCUCAUUGGUCGCCCUGCCCCUAUGCCCUAUUGGUCUUUUGGAUUCCACCAGUGUCGAUAUGGUUACAAGAAUGUUUCCGAUCUUGAGGGUGUGGUUGCUGGCUACGCAAAAGCCGCUAUCCCCCUUGAAGUUAUGUGGACAGACAUUGAUUACAUGGAUGCAUACAAGGAUUUUACUCUUGAUCCCAUCAACUUCCCAUUGGAUAAGAUGAAGAAAUUUGUCAACACCCUUCACCAAAAUGAUCAGAAAUAUGUGCUCAUCUUGGACCCUGGUAUCAGUGUGAAUGAGAGCUAUGGAACCUACAACAGAGGGCUGAAAGCAGAUAUAUUUAUAAAACGUGACGGAAUUCCUUACCUGGGAAGUGUUUGGCCUGGCCCUGUCUAUUUCCCUGAUUUUGCACAUCCACAAAGUGAAAAAUUUUGGGCUAAUGAGAUAAAAAUAUUUCAAGAUGCUCUGCCUUUCGAUGGUCUUUGGCUUGAUAUGAAUGAGCCAUCCAAUUUCAUCACGUCCCCUCCCACUCCAUCUUCUACACUUGAUGACCUGCCUUACAAGAUUAACAAUGCCGGGGUCCUGCAUCCCAUCAAUAACAAUACUGUUCCGGCAUCAGCGCUACACUUCGGUAACAUCACAGAAUAUGAUGCUCAUAACUUAUAUGGACUCUUGGAAUCCAAAGCAACAAACAAGGCCUUAGUCAAUGUGACUGGUAAAAGACCAUUUAUGCUUUCUAGAUCCACUUUUGUAAGCUCUGGUACGUAUACAGCACACUGGACUGGAGACAAUGCUGCAGAAUGGAGUGAUCUGGCAUACACAAUUCCAGCAAUUCUGAAUUUUGGCCUCUUUGGAGUUCCGAUGGUUGGAGCUGAUAUAUGUGGAUUCAUAGGAGAUACAAAUGAAGAACUCUGCAGGCGGUGGAUUCAGCUAGGGGCCUUUUACCCUUUUGCAAGAGAUCACUCAGAGAAGUUUACAAUCCGUCAAGAGCUCUAUCUUUGGGACUCGGUGGUGGCAACUGCAAGGAAGGUGCUUGGCCUGCGCUAUCGGUUGCUCCCCUUGUUUUACACAUCAAUGUAUGAGGCACAUAAAAAGGGGACCCCCAUGGCACGACCCCUUUUCUUCUCAUUUCCUCAAGAUAUCAGAACUUAUGAGAUCAACACUCAGUUUCUGAUUGGCAGAGGUGUAAUGGUGUCACCUGUGUUGAAGCCAGGAGUAAUUUCAGUUGAUGCAUAUUUUCCUGCAGGAAACUGGUUUGAUCUCUUCAACUACUCAAACUCAGUAAGCGUAAAAUCGGGAGAGCACGUUACACUGGAAGCACCACCUGAUCAUAUCAAUGUACAUGUCUGCGAAGGAAACAUUUUGGCCUUACAAGGAAAGGCCUUGACAACAGAAGCAGCCCGAAAGACUGCGUUCGAACUUUUGGUUGUUAGCAGCAGUGGACAGAGCACCGGAGAAGUUUUCUUGGAUGAUGGAGAGGAAGUGGAAAUGGGAGGAGAGGGAGGCAAGUGGAGUUUAGUGAGAUUUUAUGGUGGAACAGGAAAUGGAAGUGUAUCUGUAAGAUCAACGGUUGUCAAUGGAGGAUUUGCUUUAAGCCAAAAAUGGAUCAUUGAUAAAGUUACCAUCAUUGGGUUGGAAAAGGUUGAUGGAUUGGAAGGGUAUGCGUUGAACAUUACUAAGGGAGCAAACUUGAAGGGGGGACACUCAGAUAUCAGGGUCAGCUUUGACAGCAAUAAGCGAUUUGUCACGGUAGAGAUUUCCAGAUUAUCCAUUCUUAUAGGAGCAGAUUUUAACUUGGAGCUGAAGUAUUGAUACUAGUGAAAAUUAAAACUCUUCUAGAGAGAACAAUAAGUUACAUGCCAUUCAGAUUUAUGGCUCCCCUGGAAGACAUGUUUUAUACAUCACCUGUAAUGUUGGAACAUUUUUAUUUUUAUAAUAAAACACAGUAAAAAAUGAAA